ACAACAACAACAACAAAAAAAAAGAAAACGGAAGACUUGAUCUACAUUCAAACAUCAGUUCUACUUCGACUCCUAGAUAUUACAGUUCAUCGCCAAUCGGUCGGGUCGGUUGAAGGUUUCGAACGGUCCAGGCCUGUCCAAGCUGCUCAUCCGAACAUAUUAAUAAAAGUCAAAUCAUCAACUCACAGGAUGUCUCUGAUGGAAAGAUUCCAAUCGGCCGCCAAGAAGGUUGGCGUUCAGGCCACAGCUUUCAGUCGCGAUGUUGCCACGAUGGCUAGCGAUGGUGGUCGGCAAUUAGUAACCGAAUUUAAACUUGAAUCUGAGUGCGAACGCUCUGCCAAGAUCCUCUCAUCCUUCCUCGCCGACCCUUUACAUCCUGAAUCGGCCUUGAAUGCCAUACCCAAGGCCGUCUUACAGAAUGCUCAUGGCCUGGCCAUCUUUACGAUUCUUAAGGUUGGAUUCGUUUGGUCAGGCAAAGCAGGAUCGGGCAUUGUGAUUGCCCGUUUGGAAGACGGUUCUUGGUCGGCACCCAGUUGUAUCGCGACCGGAGGAGUAGGAUUUGGUUUACAGGUAGGGGCUGAUUUUAGUGAAUUCGUGAUUGUGUUGAACUCGGAGGAGGCGGUUCGUGCUUUUGCAACCACCGGAAAUAUGACUAUAGGAGGCAACCUAAGUGCCGCUGUGGGCCCGAUCGGUACUGGUGGCGCUGUUAACGCUAGCCUACUGCAUCCUGCGCCUCUCUUUACGUAUAGCAAAAACAAAGGUCUAUUCGCGGGUCUGUCACUAGAAGGCACAGCUCUCAUAGAGCGAAAAGAUACCAAUGAAGCCUUUUACGGCCAGCGGAUCCCUUCGCUUGAUAUACUUCGCGGACGAGUCCCACCGCCUGAAGCGGCUUCGGCGCUUUACGAGGUCAUUGAGAGCGCCGAGCAACUUGAUGAAUCAAACUUACCGCAAGAAUCUUACGUGCCAAAUGGUGGAGUCAAUGAUAACACUACACCAGGAUCGGCAUCUAAAGAAGCUGGCUCAACGCCAACCGGCAAUACGAACCUCUUUGAUGCAGGUGACGCCCAUUGACGAUCUCCAUCUUGUGUCUACUUAACAAGACCUGGCUUUUUUUUUUAUUUGCUGCAAUAUUAUCGUUUGAAAAGUUUGUAUCACCAUUAUUUCAUUUUGGUCUGGAUUGCAUCAAGUCGGUCACCCAAAACACUCCAGCGACUGAAUGAAGAAUCCUUUCAAAUGGCCUGCUUUUUCUUUACUUCCAUUACAUACCUCGGCAUAUUGGCCUUCCGAUGUAUCAACAAUCCCAUUGUUGAUGGUCAAAUAUGCUUGAUAAUACAUGCUUCAUCCGUUUGCUUCUUACUGGGUAGAUAUCUAGCCAAUUGACGACUUCCCUGAACACUUCAUGAUUUGGCCUGAAGGAGAUUCAGCAUCGUCGAGUAUGGUUCCAUUUAAAUAUCUUUUUUUUUUAAUGUGUUUAAGCAAAGCAAAAGGUGUGCUUCAGGAUGUUGCCUCACAGACAUGUCAUUUCCUUUUUUAACAAAAAACCACCAGCAUCUUGGACCUCUUUGUGCUCUCCAAAAAUAUCUCAAAUGUUGUAAAAUAAUUCAAUGCACA